GUAGGUCUCUGGUACCAACUUCGACCGCAACGCCCACCAGAUCAUCUCCCUAGGAACACAGUCAAAGGCCUUCUGCAGGUCUAGGAAUAAAAAAUGCAGAGGCAUAUUCUUUUCCCUGUGCUUCUCCAUGAGGAUCCUUAGGGCGAAUAUAGGGUCCAUGGUACCGCGUCCUGGUUGGAAACCGUACUGGAAGUCCGACACUGUACACUCCUGUCGGAUCCUGGUGUCAAUAAUGCGCUCGAAGAGCUUCAUGGUGUGUGACAUUACCUUUAUACCGCGGUAAUUACCGCAAUCCUGAACGGACCCUUUACCCUUGUGGACCACGUUAUUAUACUAAGCCGCCACUGAUCGUGCAUUAUUCGGUCGCUCAGGAUUCUAUUAUAAAGGUUAGUAAGAAUGCACACACCACGAGCCCCCAGCGCUUUCCACGCUUCAAUUGGCACCUCGUCCGGUCCGACAGAUGCGAGGACCUCGUCAGGUGUAAUCGGUGGCACGAGUCCAUGGUUCGGGAGUUGUUCGGGAGGGUGCACUUCCCGGUGCUGAGUAUUCAGCAAAACGUGGAAAUAAGAGCGCCAUCUCUCCUUCACCGCACGAUCAUCGUACAGGAGCUCGCCAUUAGGGCCGUUGACGCUGCAGCAGCGAGUAAUAUCUUGCGCUGCUUUGGCCCUAGAGCGCGCCAGAUUAUAUAUGAGCUUGUGCCCCUCAGGAGUGUCCAACUUAGCAUAUAAUGGUUGCAAGUGGUCACGCCUGGCUCUGGCUACAGCUUUCUUGGCAGCUCUUUUCGCAGUCUUGUAAGAUGCGCGAUCUUCAGGAGAUUUGGUCACUUGCCACGUCUUGAAGAGCGCUUUCUUCUCCCGUAAUGAACCCUGGACUGUGGCGUCCCACCACCAGGUCUCCUUGUCGAUUUUGCGGCCCCCUUUCGCCACGCCGAGAACUUGCUUUGCCGUCUUUGUGAUUGCUGUCUGAAUGGUUUUCCAGCACUCUUGGACGGACUUGCCUGCUGUGUCGAGACUAAUAUCUCCAGCGGCAGAGUCAAACUCUGAGUAUCUGGUUUGAUCCAGCAGCCACCACUUGAUUUGACGGCGGCAACGUUCGGCGUGUCUGCGACGGGGUUUUACGCAGAGGUCCAUGACAAGAAGUCGGUGUUGGGCAGUGAGACACUCACCGGGUAUGACCUUACAGUUGGCCACGCGACUGAUAUGACUUCUCCUGGUCAGUAGAUAGUCGAUUUGAGUGGCGUUCCGACCGCUCCUGUAGGUAAUCAGGUGCUCGGUUUUCUUUUUGAAGAACGUGUUCACCACGGCCAGGUCAGCUGCAGUGCAGGUUCUGAGAAUGGUUUCCCCCUCUGCGUUUCUUCGGCCGUAACCAUAGCCGCCGUGGACACGUUCAUACUCCCCCUGCACCUCGCCCACAUGACCAUUCAGGUCGCCACCCAAAACGACAUCGUGGUACAACGGUAUGCCGCGUAGUACAUCUCCGAGCCGAUCCCAAAACAGCGUUUUAUCCGCGUCGCUGCAGCCGACCUGUGGGGCGUAGGCACUUAUUAAGUGGGUCACGACCCCCUCAAUAAGCAACCUUACUACCAUAAGUCGGUCGCAUAUGCGUCUAACUUCCAAGACGCUAUCGUGGAAAUGCUCGGCGAGCACCACUGCCACACCGUUCUCUCCACCAGAGGAGCCUGUAUAUAUCAGCUUGUAGCCGUGCCCAAUAUUCCGGCUCCUGUUGGCCUUCCACCGUGUCUCCUGCAGGAAUGCCACUGCCACUUUACGCCUGGCAAGUAUGGCCGCAAGUUCUGCGGAACGUCCCGUAAGCGUGCCAAUGUUCCAGUUUGCAAAGCGAAUCUUCGUAGUUGGUGCUAACGUCUUUAGCCGGGCUCGCACGGGGCCCGGUAGCCCUCGCAUACUUGUCGCAGGGUUAAGGCGAUCCCCAUGCGCGUCGUUAUGCGGCGACGCCCUAGUCCUAAACGUAUUUAUCUUUCUUUUACCGUCCAUUUUUGAGUGGUUUAGUGCCAAUUACCAGGGCGACUGCCGUCUGACCCCCGAACCCUUAGGACGAAUCCCAGAGGAGUGGCAUCGCCAGAGCCCUUUCCGUUAUCCAGCAGGUGCGCCACGUGCAGGCGGGGUUGGCUUGGGCUCCAAGAUCUUAGCGGAACCCCUUACACCCUAAAAUAGUUUCUGAAUCAGCCGCAUUUCCCAAUAGCAAAAUCCCAUAAGACAUUAUGCUAUGGAAAUAACUGAAAUAAACUAAUCUAGCAGUCUUGACACUAGUGAGACUUCUAAUCUUUUUUACAGCAUAGGCUGCAGAGCUUAGUCUGUUUGCUAGUUUGGACAUAUGGGGGCCCCACUGAAGCUUUGCGUCGAGAGUGAUGCCAAGAAAAACAGUGGAUUCAACAGGGCUCAGUUCUUCCCCAUUUAAAAACACAUUGGUACUCAGAUUUUUAACAUUCGUUGUUGUAAAUUUAAUACAUUUAGUUUUAUUUCCGUUUAAAUGUAGAUUAUUAACGUUAAACCGAUGCACUAAUUUUGAUAUAGCAUUAUUCACUUCGUCACAUUUAAAUGAUUGACGUUUAAGUUUAAAAAUCAAGGAAGUAUCAUCAGCAAAUUAUACUAUAUCAUGAUUAUCCCCUACAAGAGAAGGUAAGUCAUUAAUAUACACUAGAAAUAGGAAUGGGCCGAGAAUCGAGCCCUGAGGGCUAAUUAAUUUUCUUUUAUUGUAUUUGCAUUCAAAGUAUAAAAAGUCCUAUAUAUUUUUUUGCUUCGUUCGUCUGUCUGUUCGUAAGUGCGACUGCUGAUCAUGUGGUUCCAGAUUCAAUUCUGGAGACAGGCAAAAAUCUGUUGCAUUUCUGUAUCAAAAAAUUCUCAUUAGUAGCUCUGACUUGAUUGUUCAACCCGUGUAUCGGAAAGCACGAAAAGUAGUUGGUCCUAUGUGUGAUCUACGUCAGUCGUCUCGGAUUACUGUCCCAUCAGACUGAAAGUGAGGAAAUGGUUAAUGAUAAUAUUAUUUUUAAAUUAAUUUCUUUCGAUUCGAAAAAAGUUUGAACUUACCAUUACUAAAUGCAUGCACAGCUAUUAGUCCAGACAUUGUAUAAUGAGUGAAAUUUUUGAUCUAUCUAGUCAUCCAUUCGUUAAAACAUAUAAAAGUUCACUGUUAAACAAAGCUCUCUCCCAUACAUUGCCUCAUAGGUUGGAUUUUGUCAUAGUUGCCACGUUUAUAGAUAGGUUGGCAAACACAGUUUUUUUAUCAUUUUCAGAUUGUAUCAGGAAGAUGCCGCUGUAAGAAGAGGCGACAGAGGGAAAAUGAAACAGGAGAUGAGCGGUAGCAUUUUCCCAAUAGAAACUCAAAAUAACAAAAAACUGCAGUUCACAAUACGCUUGCCAAGUGUGGCUACUAUGAGGGAGACCUAUGUUCAGCAGUGAACUUCUAUAGGCUGUAUGGAUGGAUGGAUGGAAAGAAGCCUUAAUUAAUUUUAUUUACUUCACUCUUAGGCCAGUUAGACGCUUCUAAUCAAAUUUCAGUAUACAAUGGCAAUGAGGCAAUGAACGACAAGAGGGAUAUGUCAGAGGAGGUAGCGGACUUGCUGACAAAGAGUAUAAGUGCGAUGGAAGACACUACUACAACAACGAAGAGCGAUGAGUAUGAAGUGAUCAGUGUGAAACCCACGCUCCCUCCACGGCCUUGCAUUCCCAGAGGCACUCCACUAUCCACGGAGAAGUGGGAAGGUUUACAAGACACUGAAGGAAGGGUCGCUGAGGUUGAUGGGGUAAAACAACUUAUAUUUAGAGGGGUGAGUUCUAUAAUGUAUAGUGUUAUAAUAAUUUGAAAAAAGGUAGCAGGGUAAGGCUCAAAUUUUUCGCGCACUAUCUAAAAAUGCGCUGUCCGAGAAAUUGAAGAGAAGAAAUAAAAUAUCAAAAAUAAUAAAUACUUUAUUUUUAUUAUUAACUCAAGGAAAUUAGCUAUUUUUCAUCGUGUUUGUUUUUUUAUUUAAAUGUUAUUCCAUAAUAUCCCUAUUUUAUAAUUAAAAAUAAUAAUGUUCAUAUUUUCCUCCCAUACAAUUUGUUGAUGUCCGUGUACGUACACUUUUCAAAAACUAUUCGAAAUUUUUGAGAAACCGUUGUUGUUUUAGUCUGCGUAUUUUAUGGCCUAUAGAAUAUGAAAGGUUUAAUUUUACUAAAACAAGCUAAUUAUAUUAUCAACGCGUUUUAAUUAUAUAUUUAUUAAUUUCAAAAUGUCCUAAAUUUCAAUCCAGUGUGACACUUCAGUUGUGCAACGCUGAUUUGGGAUUUAUUUCUAUUCUACCAUGGAACUGCCCAUAUAGUUAAAGUGGCAACACAGGCCCAUGAAAUUGGACUAACUUCUGGAUGCUUCCGCCAUUUUGUUUUUGCGUCAGAUGGACGAACGUGUCGGACGUCGCUACGUGUCAUUAAGAAAUUGUAAGUUUACUUUGUUAUAUUUUCGAAAUUGAAAUGGUUAUCCUGAUUUAAGAGAGUAAAUCAUAUCUAUCAUGUAUUUAAUUAUCAAAAUAUAACAAUUAGAAUGAGCAAUAUAGUAAAUUUCAUGAAUUAUGAUUUUUUUUAGGCUAAGUUGUGUAGAAUAUUUGCUCCGUUGUGCGACGUAUGACACGAAAUUGUGUGACGUGUCACAAUGGAAAUCGUAAAGCUGUGUACCUAUCAACUUUCUACUCAAUUUAUGAAAUCAUAUUAAAAUGCAUUGAAUGAAUGAAAAAAAUCAUAUUAAAAUGCAAAAAAAUGCAAUUGAAUUUUUUGAUAAUCUAUUUGAUAAUCAAUAUUUUUCAGAUGCCUUAGAAAAUCUCCGUUCAGAAAAAGAAGAAUGCUGAGAGAACAAAGCGCAAAAAAAUUAAAAAUAGCGAAUAUGAGUAAAGAAUGGCGAGAAAGCAAUGGCGGGUAGCUAAACGCAAUAAAAAAGACGAAAAGGUGGAAAAGCUAGUCGUACCCAAUAUUGAUAAUAGGCAACGUCGCAAAUAUCGUAGUAAAUUACUACAUGAAAACACAGCAAACACAAACACAACAACCCAGAUGUGCCUGAACUAUAUAAAAUAAGAGACAGUAUAUUAGUAAGAUACUACCAAAGAAAGAGCUGGAAAUAUUGCGUAGGCUUUAUUGAUAAGAUUGAAAUCAAAUAUGUGAAAUCAAACACAUUUUAUGAAAUUCAUUUUGUAAAGACAAUUAAAGAACAAGAUCGUUAUAUAAAAUUCAU